AUGAGAAUCGAAACCUGUUAUUUUUGCUCGCAGCCCUGCUACCCAAGUAAGGGCAUAACAUUCGUUCGUAACGAUGCGCGAACCUUUAGAUUCUGCCGCAGUAAAUGCCACAAGAACUUCAAAAUGAAGCGUAACCCCCGCAAACUCAAAUGGACCAAAGCAUUCCGCAAAGCCGCAGGCAAAGAAAUGGUCGUCGACAGCACCCUCAACUUCUCCGCUCGCCGCAACGUUCCCGUCCGUUACAACCGUGAACACAUCGCCACUACCCUCAAAGCCAUGCAACGUGUAUCCGAAAUCCGGGCCCGUCGCGAACGUGUCUUCUACAAGAAGCGCAUGGAAGGCAAUGUGGCCAGACAAAGAGAAGCCAACCGAAAAUUGGUUGCAGAGAACGAGCACUUGCUACCCAAGAUGCGCGGCAGCGAGAAGAAGAGACUCGAGGAGUUGGGAGAAGAGGUCAACGAGUUGGAUUUGGAGAGAGAGCAAAGAAGUGUGUUUGGAAAGCAGAAGAUCAGGCUCAAGGAGUUGGUUGAUGGUGGUGUGGAGGAGGCUGAUGAUAUGGAGAUGGAUGAUUAAGGGGAUUGUGAAAACACCCGAUUUUGAGAUUGAUGUCACAUAUGGCUUGCGGCUGGCCAUCAGAAGCUGGUUUGGAAACAACGAGAUUAUUCCAUUUGACCUCCCUCGAAUCGCCAAUACCGGGAUCAGCAAUGUCACCAGGACUUACCAAAAAGCACGUCAUGAAAAGUCAAUCUUUGUUAGGAAGGAUGGAGUUUAUGGAUUUGUAAAAAGGGCGUUUUGGUAUCACAAUAAUUAUAUUAGCCUAUCUUAGGAGAAUUUCGCAACACGAGAAUUGCAAAGAA